AUGGAAAAGCUCAGAGAAAAACUCACCACCCUCCGUGCUGAAGCAGAUACUGCAAGCCAACGAGCUGAGGAUGCAGAAGCUCAGAACAAGAAGCUUGAACAGGAAUUGACAGCUAAAGAACAAGAAAUCAUCUCACUCCAAAACAAAAUCUCGCUUUUGGAAGCUGAAGUUGAACGGGCUGAAAAAAAACUUUCAGAUGCUAAGCUUGCUAAGGAAGAAGAGGAAAACACAAAGAACAUUUCUGAAAGCCUCCAGAGGAAGGUCGCCUUACUUGAAAAUGAAUUAGAUAACACCGAAAAGAAUCUGAAGGAAACAGUGGAAAAAUUACGUCAAACAGAUGUUAAGGCGGAACACUUUGAGCGCAAGGUACAGCAACUCGAGGCAGAAAAAGCAGAUUUGGAGAAAAAGUAUGAUGAGAUGACAGAGAAAUAUAAUGAAAAGGACAAAGAAUUGGAAGAGACCCUCAAAUCCUUCGAGAAUUUGUAG